AUGGUCGCAGCUCGCAAGAUCAUUAUCGUAGUCAGUAUCGUCGUAGCCAUUGGCGUAGCUAUUGGCAUCAUCGUUGCCGUCACAGGUGGCACUGACGAUGAAAGUGCCAACACCACAAGUGGUGGAGCGACAGCUUCUAGCGGCUCUGGCAUGGGAAGCGCAGGGGGCACAAAGUCGCGCCGGAGCUCCAGCGUGACCGAGUCGGACCUACUGACCAACACGACGUCGAGUGGCAGUGGCUCGGCCACGAACGAACCGACCAGCGAUCCCGAAGAGGCCAAAGCGGCUCUGACUAUGCUUGCAAUUGGCGACUGGGGCGCCACGACGGACAAGCCGGGGUCGUGCUGCAACAAGUACCGCAAGGUGGCAAACGACUCGCUCGAGAUGAAGAUCGACUACUGGGCCCAGAUGAACGUGGCUGAGCUCCUGGCGCAGGCCGCGGGGGACAUUAAGCCGUCGUGCAUCAUUGGCCACGGCGACAACAUCUACUGGAACGGUGCAGGUCCCGACGACAUUGACUACCGCAUGGAGACGACGUUCGAGAGCGUGUACGACCAGCCCGAGCUCGAAGGUAUCCCAUGGAUCAACGUCGUGGGCAACCACGAUCUCGGCGGCUCCGAGUACAUUUGCGGCGACAAGGACUACAACUUUCGCGAGUGCGAGAGCACGGACGAGCUGCUCAAGUACUUGAACCUCAAGUUCUCGCUGCAACAGGAAUACACGAGCGCGAACAACGAUCGCUGGAAACUCUCGGACCACUACUACGUCGAACACGUCGAGGCGAACGACGUGUCGGUGGACAUUUUCAACGUCGACACGAACUUUGCUGACUCGCACGGCGUGCGGCAGAUCUGCUGCCAGUGCUACGGCUACGUGAAGAAGAAGGGGCUGAGCGAGGCCGACGCCAAGACGUUGGGCAAGACGUGCAACGAUCGCAUUCCCGGGGACGAGCUGUGUGCAGGAGGGGACACCGAAAUGUACAAUGCGUGUUCCGACACGAUCAAAAAGUGGUGGGACGACUCGCUCGUGCAAGUGAAGAAGGACUUGGCGGCGUCGAGUGCGACGUGGAAAGUCAUCAACUCGCACUACUCGCCGCACUUUCACAUGAGCGAAGACAAGAUGAAGGAGUGGUUCAUGGUCACCAAAGAAGGCGGCGCGCACCUCUGGCUCAAUGGCCACACGCACGGCUUCAACCACGACAUUAGCAACUGGGGCACCCACUUUUUCGAGAACGGCGGCGGCGGUGGCAUCCAGUCCGAGACGUCGGGCAUGCCACCUGAAGUGGCCGAGAAGUACGUCGAGCACGCGUGGAUCGCGCCUGGUAACCCCUACGGGUUCUUCAUGCUGCACUUUUCCGAAGACUGGCUCAAGACCGAGUUCGUGACGUUUGACAAUUCGUGGACGUUCAGCGUCAAGUCGGCCGAGAUCGUCAAGGGAGGGUACCAAAAGGGCCAUUGCUGGCACAUUCCUGUGACGGUCGGUGCCGGGAAGGAGUGCGCUACGAGUUUGUAG